AUGGCUCAGACCCAGACCCGCCGGCUUUCUGCUUAUGGCGGACGCUCCAUGAUACCUUACCAGCAAUUGCUAGUCCAGGACGCCCAACAGGCCACCCACAUCGUUAAGCCCCAAGGCCGUCGCGGUAUCCUUCCCAAUGCUGCCGGGAGAGCCGCCACCCCAACAGGUACCGGCACGUCCGAGAACACAGUGACUCCUCAAAAAGACGCGGAUGGAAAGUUCCCUUGCCCUCACUGUACCAAGACUUACCUUCACGCCAAGCAUUUAAAGCGUCAUCUCCUACGCCACACUGGCGAUCGCCCUUACAUGUGCGUGUUGUGCCGUAACACGUUUUCGCGAAGUGACAGCCUCAAACGGCACUUUCAAAAGUGCUCCAUCCGUCGAGGAAACCCGACUGGGGCGAGCCAUCUCCCUCAUCCCCAGGGCCGCAAUAAGGAAAAUCAGCAGAAUAUUCACAAUCGAGGGAGUGACAUGAGCAGCAUGUCGAGGCACCCGCAAGAUAUGUGGCAAAGCUACCCUCAGAGCAUUGGCGGCAUGUAUGCGCAGCCUCCGCUUGACCGGGCCAAUUAUGGACAUCCUGCAGAACCAGCUAUGAUAGGCUUUUUGCAUUUCCUCAAAGUUGUCGACGAACCCCAUGCCAAGGCUUAUGGCACUCUGAACCAUUUGAAUAUCCACGUCAAGAUGCAGAGUCAUGGUCAGAAGCGAACACCUUACGAGUUCAACGAGUUUCGGGAGGCAUGGAAGGCGCACAAGAAGGAGGAAGAUCAGCAGCGAGAAGCCGCAGAGGAAGCAGGCUGGCAGCUUCAUGCCCAAGCCGUGGCGUCUGCCCGUACCCAUGUUCAGAACGGGGGACCUGACGGAGGCGACGCCGGGCAACCGCUGUCAUCAGUACAGGGGCUGCCUAUUGGGUGCCAGGCCGCUACGGACCCAUCAACACCAUCUGUGGUGUUCUAUACCCCCCUUUAA